AUGGGUGAUCAUGGAAAAGCUGCGAAAUUUUACAAAAAGUUUUUGGAAAAUAUCAAACUAGACGAUGGAAAACGUGCAACCGCUCUGCACAAUUUAGGUUUAUGUUAUAGUAGUGCCGGAGAUUAUACGACGGCUAUAAAUUAUUACCUGCAAGCACUGAAAUUGAAGCAAGAGAAUCAUCGACCUUUAGAAGAAUCAAUGUAUAAUCUUGGAAUUGCCUAUGCGCAUUUAAAACAAUAUAAUUUUGCUCGGGAGUAUUUGCAAUGGGCUUUGACGUCAGCACUUAUGUCACCAGAUAAAUAUGAACUCAUAGCAAAUCUUUAUGAUAACAUCGCUGUUAUAACAGGAAAAGAAGGAAAUUUUGAAGAAGAACAAAAAUAUUAUGGAGGUCUUGAAAAUUUGACUGGAAAAUUUACCUCCUGCUCACAGUCACAUAGGAAACCCAGGUCGAACAGUCCGGCCAGGAAACGGUCGGUUCCGGAUAGUUCCGUUGAUUUUAUGGAAGCAGCAUUCCGGUUGGAAAUUUUUCCGAUGAUUUCCGGUCAAUUCCUGCCUGAAAUCACCGGAACUUGGCAGGAAUCCACCGGAAAAAUUAGACCGUAUUUUUGA